AUGAAUGCCGGUGAAUCCACAUGCCCUGCCUCCUCAUCCCACAGCCAAACUUCGCCUGAGAAUUUGCUGGCACAAUGUUUGAAGGUGCGUGGAUGCAGUGAGAAAGCUUUGCAUGGCAUCUUGAAAAUCGCCAGCAAAGAUGCGGUUCCAAAGUCCUACACUGGAUACAAACGCAAAGUCCGUGAUGAGCUGCCAAGCGAUUGCGUCCUGAAGGUGCCAGUGGGCACAGAUGAGACUGGGAAGAUGGUGCACAUUGCUGUGACACACCUGCCAAAAUAUUUCCAGUACAUGGCAGUUCGCAGUGUGCCAUUUGCUCGGAGGCUUCUGUCAGUUGUUGAUAGAUCUAUGGGGUCUUUGCUCCAACCAUUGUUGUAUUGGGAUGAGGUGGUUUCUGGAAACCCUUUGGCGCCGCACAGUGCCAAAAAGGUUGCCAUUGGAUACGUGACCCUGUCCGAACUACAGCAGCGACAGAAGGAAGAAGUUUGGUUCCCUCUGUUCAUUGCCCAGCAUACGAGCUUAGAAUCUGUGGCAGGUGGGUUUUCGAAGAUGAUGCGUGAAGUGGUUCUGUUGUUGCAAUCUUUCCACAUGGAACAUGGUAUUGCGCUUCAGCUGGAUGGUUACCAUAGAUUGCUGCGGGUGAACCUGAUGCAGGGUUAUUUCAUUGCAGACUUUGAUGCCAUCCGGGCAACUUUUGCUUGGCGAGGAAGUGCCUCGAUCAAAGCGUGCUUUGCUUGCAAAAAUGUGUGCAAAAAGGGCUCCAACUUACGUGACGAGGAAGGGUAUAUCACAGAAAUCUCAGAGACCGAAUGGGCUAAGCUUGAUCUUUGGUCGGACCAAGAAGUUUUUGAUCUUUGGGACUUGAUGGCCAGAGAGACGGGCAACAUGAACAAAAAACAACAAGAACGCCUUGAAAAGAUCUCUGGGUACAAUUUUCACGCAGGUGCUGUCCUGGCAAAUCCCAUAGCCAGGCAGAUUUUGAAACCUACACAGGUGCUUUUCGACCCAAUGCACAUAUAUUGGGCUUCUGGCGUGGCAGCGUGGGAGGUUGUCCAGUUCAUGGCUGUCCUUUCCACGAAGUCAGAUUUCAAGUGCGAGGAUUUGCAGGCGGCGAUUCAGAACACUCCUUGGUGCACCAGCGGGCAAAAAAGCAAAGCGUGGCGGAAAAAAUUGGCAGAGAGUCAGCGGUUUACUGGUGAUGGUUACCGCGGCUCGGCAAGUGACCUGAGGUUGCUCCUCCCUUUGAUGUUGUAUCAUAUCAUUGAUGCUGUACCGGACACCGUGGCUGUGACACCAGAACUGCAAUCUUUCUAUGCUUUGAACAAGCUGCUGGCGACUUUGAAGAGCCUACAAAGAGGUAUCACAAAGGACAAGUGUGAGUUGCUGCUGCGACAAACUGAGCAAUACUUGAAGCUUUACAGAGAUGCCUACAAUGAUUUUAAGCCGAAACACCAUUAUCAGUUGCACCUCAGCCAGAUGAUCUGGCGUAGUCAGCUCUUGGUUGAUUGCUUUCCGCAAGAGGCUAAACACAGGACAUACAAAUACCAGAUUCAAAACCGCCUGGAUGGUUUAUUGCAGGAUGCUUUCCUCUUUGACGCAGGGGUUUUGUCACGGCUGUUGAAUUAUCAUUGCACCUUGCUGGAGAAACCUUUCUUGCCUGGAGAUUUGACGCCGCCAAUUUCUGAAAGCCACCAACAUGUCGAUGGGACCUUGGAGCUGGUGGAGGAAGGCAAAGCUUUGGAUCUGCAGAACGGAAGGGUCUAUAAGCAAGAUUUUGUUUUGAGCUCUGUCGCCAAUGGCCUUGUGGCGAGGUGCUUGCGUGUGCGGGGACGUGGAUGGCUACACCUACAAGUCUACACCAUGGUUGCCCACGUGGACUUUAUGAAUUUUUUCGGUUUGGUUGACCAGUGGGCUUCCUGCGAUGUGACAGUGUGGCGCGAUGAAGGUUUUCAUAAGCUCGUUGCCGCGGACGAAUUUGAGAAAGACUGGCAAAAGCCCAGUCACUGGCACAUCCGCGCGGACGGCGGCAUUCUCUGCCUAUGGUGA